CAACAUUUGUGCUUUUUCCGCUUGAUUUCAUUUUACUUCUUUCUCCUGACAAUUUCUGCCUUUUUGAAAAAACACCAAGUGGUUGGUAUUAAAUCAUCCAAACGUGCUGUAGAAAAUUGAAAUAGCAAAUAUCAAGAAAACCGACGAAUUUCAAAAACAAAGUUCAAUUCUAAUCUGAACUAGCUCGGGUUUUUGACUAGAUUGGGAAUUCUGUAUUUUAAAAAUGGAGCAUUUCGCCAAACUUGUCCGCUUUGCUUUGGCUCUUUUUUUGUUCCUGGCUUUCAACUACUACAAGACUGCGGUGGAAGGACAGUCCAUAACUCAGCCGCAGUGUUCGGGGGACCCCGACGACCCUAAUGAUUUCGUGGAGACUGCGAACCCCUACUCCAACGACCAGGACGGAUGCGCAUGUCACUCCAACUCAACUACUCUUGGACCAUACUGCUACUGUCUUGUGGGAUACGGGGAGUUGGUGUCAACCUUUAACUGUACAAGAACUUGUUAUACUGCCGGCUCUGGAUGCAAAAAGCCAGACGGAACAACUGAUUGCGUUGCAACUACCUACGCAGCUGCAGUGGUUGAAGGCUGCCUGUGUGGACCAGGGUUUAUUCGAAGCAUCACCGGCGGUGCAUGUACAGCUAUCUCCGGUCUAGCUGACGGACAGUGUGAUCCUAGUCGGGACUUGGGAGUGGGUGACGAGAGGACUUGUGUGUGUGAGGAUCUUUAUGGAUUCCCUGGAACUGCAUACCUGGACAUGAAUACGUGUUUCUGCAAGAGUGGCUGGACCUCAGACCCUGCCGAUUUGGGCGUUUGCGUUCAGCACUGCAAUGAGAUUUGGCCGGGGGGCCACUGCUACAUGAAUGACACUGUGACUGUGUGCAAUGCUACCGGUGUUACAGACAAGACAUGUAGGUGUGGGCCAGGGUUCACUCCCCGGGUCAACGACACCGCCGUAUCGCCCUUCAUUCCCUGCGAAGCUACUUACUGUAUAAUCGGAGAGGGUCCGACUGCGAACCACCCGUUCUGUGUGCGUGAAAUAUUCAACGCAUCUAGCGCAGGCAUCGCCCUUUACGACCCCUACUACACCAUCUGCGCUUCUGGGACGGGAUCCCAGUUCAACCAGAGCUACUGUGGAAGAGACUGCAUGGCUGGAGAUCAUUAUUGCAUGAACAGUGACUUCACCGGACCCUGUACCACUGGAGACAUGGACUGUCGCUGCAAGGCCGGAUUCGGACUCAAGGCACUAACCACCGCCACCAGCAAAUGUGUACCCGUUCGGUGUACUUUGGAGGACCCUAAUUGCUAUUGCAACAACACAUUCGACCCUAUUGACGAAUGUUUCUGCGGGUAUUGGACAACCCCAGACCAGAACAACCCCGGAUUCUGUACCAGCUCGUGUCCGUUGGGCGAAGCGAACUGCGUAAGAGGCGACACGAAAGAGCGUUGCUACUCGGAUUACGUGGGCUCUGCAGGGUGCCAGUGCCGGAAUGAGCCCAACAUGGAACUGUGGAUACCCUACUCGACCAACUACUCCACUUCACUUGCACCUGGAAUCCCUUCCACAACUACUGUACUCAUGUGGGACGCCGCUACCUCCUGUAUGAAUGGUGUGGGGGACAAGUGUAUGCGGGGGAUGCCCAACUGUAACUGUACAGUGCCCAAUGGGAUUCCGACAGACACGAUGAGCGAAUGCAUUUGUGACAGCUGGAACAACUACAUCGCUGAUCCCGCCAAUCCAGGAGGCUGCAUUCUAGCCAACAAAACGUGCAGUUUGGGCUCGUUCCCUAACACGACUGAAAUUUGUAAUGAGUUCGCCUGUCACAACAACGAGACGCAGAGCUUCAAUUUGAAUUGCUUCAACACUUCUGACAUACUAACUUCCACCCAUCCCGACCUCACCAUCCUCUGUGCUGGCAACACCGCCGGACUCAAUAACGACUGGUGUGUCUGCGGAUACGGGUACUACCCUGACUCGACCGGCAACUGCACUUUUCACGGGAACGACACAGCGGGCUACUGUGACAAGCGGUGGCCGAACUGUGAGUGUGCGAAUGCGAAUGUGUCCAGCUGCACCUGUGCUCUCGGCUACUACGCCGACCACUCUCUCAACACCUCCUUCACCUGCAAUCGAGACUGUGGUGUGAAUGUGGAGAACUGUGUGCAGGUUGCAAAUACAUCUCUUAACUGCACAACUGCAUGGACAAGUGCUAAUCUAGGAACGUGCAGAUGCAAUGAUGGAUACAAACCUGUAUAUGACGGAACUAGUGUGACUUGCAUUCGCGUGAACUGCGACUUCGACUUCGACGCCAACUGCAACAAGGGGGUGUUCAUCAGUCAGAACGACUAUACAAAUGUCCACUGCGCAGAAGGAUUCGUACCCGACAACUUACCCGGAAACAUAGGACACUGCACCGCUGGGUGCACAAUUAACACCACUGUCCAAUCCGUCGACCACCACUGUCGCGAGGGGGGCACCGUCAACUCCCCCGGCUCUUCAAACUGCACUUCGCCCCCCUGUUUCUGUGAACUGGGCUACAACCCGCAAUUCGUCGACUUCACUUCGGAUAUAACCUGCGUGCAAGCGCCGUGCAACCCCCUCGUGGACACGACUGGAAAGUGCAAGUGUCAGUAUGUUCUCGGAGCCGUAUCGCACGACAUGACAAAUUGUAAAUGUGAACCCCCCUAUACUUCGUCUAGUAACAACGACGGGACCUGUGCUCUGGAGUGUACGGCAGGAGAGGAUCAUUGUAAGAUUGCGAGUAAUAAUGUGACUGCGUGUACUGGAACUGGAUGCGAGUGUAGAAAGGGAUACUACUCAAUCUGGGACACCGUCACUGGAAAGUACAGAUGCGAGCCGUACGAGUGCGACAACACAGUCGAAGGAUGCGUUUGCACCCACCCGGGAGACGUGGACACCUGUUCCUGCAGCGGAACCAUCUCAGUCGGAACCACUACCCCCGUCAGCAUUUCCUUCGUCGGCAACAAGUACCUCUUCCCAGGUUACUGUCGUCCAGUCGAGUGCAGCCCUGGCUCGGACCCGAACUGCGAGUGCAUAGACAGCUCACUACUGGACACCUGUUACUGUAAACCGGGAUACAGCACUGACCUGAAGUUUGCGGAGAUCAGGGCAGAUAACACUUCGGGACUGGAAGUGAACUCCUAUUUCAACACUCUAUGCAAACCCAUCGACUUCCGUGCCUCGUGUCCUCUGCGUGCUUGGGUUGAGGAGAUCCCAGACCACACCACCGGAUGCUCCUGCACAUGGCUAGACCAACACGGAUCCAACCCCGAGAAGCUGUGCAAGUGUGGCAUAGUGGUGGACGACGACUGUUUCUUCACAGCCUGCGACUCCUCCCUCGACGUGUACAUGUACAGCAAACAGUCGGAUGGUCCCUGCAGUUAUGAGACGACCACUGUCGAGUCUGUAAUCAACAACUACGCCAUCUGCAAGGACGGACUCGUCUCCGAUCUCAAUGGAGGGUGUGUGCGUGAGUGUAACUGGAUGAUGAACAGCCCCAAUUCGUGUACGGAGACGACUGAGAAGUGCGCCACUGGUUUCAUUGCUCAUUACGACCUAAACCUCAACAAAAACUGCUACUUGGUGGAAUGUCUUCCGACCGACUCAAACUGCCAGUGUCCAACUGCAGUGACGAAUCUGCAUGGCUACGACGACCGACUCUGUCGCUGUGCCCCUGGAUACGCACCCGAUGGCACUGGCGCCUGCACCCAGCUCUGCGACCAGACCCAAGAACACUGCACCAGAACAUGCACAGGGGGCAACUGCUGCGCCUAUGGGUACACGCCUCGAACCAGUUGGACGUAUGACACUACGGGGUCUAAUGUCUACACAGCCACAGUACAAUGUGUGCAGGCAGCCUGCAACCAGGCUCUGGGCAGUACCAGCUGUGUCUGCCAGGAGGGAGCGAAUGACGAGGGUUUGGACUCUGCACAAUGUGCAUGUGCCACUGGACUCCUGCAUGAUGGACAAGGCAACUGCGUCUGUUGA